CUGAUGCCACCUUUAUACCUGCCUGCUGGCCACGAUGUGGAAGCGCUGAUGCUCCGGUCCAACAAACAUCUCCAAACAAUUGUUUUUCUAUUUUCACUCAGAUUGUAUUUAGAGGCGGCGCUUGUUGGCUCCAGAGUGGCGUCGUAACGACACUUUUCAAUCCCAGUAAAAAUAGUUUGUCCAGGAGCACAUUUCGAGCUGGGGGUCGACUGCAUCUGGGGGGGGGGUGAUUGCUUUUUUCUGCCAGAUUUUUCUAUUUUAUUUUGUAUUUUCUUAUUUAAAAAAAAUACUUUACAGUUGAAUUUCAUUUCCCUGUGAUUUGAUUCCAUAUCAAAGAUUUGCCUUAAGAUCAUGAACAAACUAUAUGUGGGGAAUUUGAGUCCUUUGGUCACUGUCGAGGACUUGAAGCAGCUCUUUGGCGAGAAGAAGCUUCCUGGGGCCGGGCAGGUUCUGCUCAAAUCCGGCUAUGCUUUUGUGGACUUCCCCGACCAAAACUGGGCCAUAAAAGCUAUUGAGCCACUCUCUGGGAAAGUUGAAUUACAUGGGAAGGUGCUUGAGGUAGACUACUCUGUUCCCAAAAAGCUAAGGAGUCGGAAGAUCCAGAUCAGGAACAUUCCGUCUCAUCUACAGUGGGAGGUUUUGGACGGCCUUCUAGCUCAGUAUGGUACUGUAGACAAUGUGGAACAAGUUAACACUGACACAGAAACAGCGGUGGUGAAUGCCACAUACACAACCAAGGAGGAAGCCAAAGUAGCCGUAGAGAAGUUGGCGGGUCAGCAGUUUGAGGGCUACUCCUUCAGGGUGUCGUACAUCCUGGAUAUGGAUGCAGCUCCGCCCCUACAGGCCUCACGGAUGCGUCGGGGGUGUCGGUCGUCCAGGGUCCAGGACGGGCCCCAGCCAGGGCCCUCGGGGGGCUUCGGAGGGCCCCGACACAAACAGCAUGACUUCCCCCUCCGCAUGCUGGUCCCCACACAGUUCGUAGGAGCCAUCAUCGGCAAGGAGGGCCUCACCAUCAAGAACGUCACCCAACAGACGCAGUCCAGGGUGGACAUCCAUCGGAAGGAGAAUGUGGGAGCAGCAGAGAAGCCCAUCACCAUCCACUCCACCCCCGAGGGCUGCUCCUCUGCCUGCCGUAUGAUCCUGGAUAUCAUGCAGAAAGAGGCCAGCGAGACCAAGGAGGAGGAGGAGAUUCCUCUGAAGAUCCUGGCCCACAACAGUCUGGUCGGACGACUGAUCGGGAAGGAGGGAAGAAACCUGAAGAAGAUAGAAGAAGAGACAGGGACCAAGAUUACCAUCUCCUCGUUACAGGACCUAACCAUCUGUAACCCAGAGAGGACCAUCACAGUGAAGGGCAGUAUGGAGGCGUGCUGUAAGGCUGAGGGGGAGGUCAUGAGGAAACUGAGGGACGCCUACGAGAACGACAUCGCUGCUGUUAACCAACAAACCAACCUUAUCCCGGGGCUGAACCUGAACGCUCUGGGAAUCUUCUCCAGCGGUUUGUCUGUUUUACCGCCAGCAACAGGCCCCCGAGGAGCACACCCCUUCCUAUGUCCCUCUUCACAUCUUGGUGGUUUAUAUAGGGUUCCACCAGCCAGUGCCAUACAGUGCCAGCACUCACAGUCUCCAGAGCAGGAGGUGGUGUAUCUCUUCAUCCCAACCCAGGCUGUAGGGGCCCUGAUCGGGAAGAAGGGGCAGCACAUCAAACAGCUAGCACGCUUCGCUGGGGCCUCCAUCAAGAUCGCCCCAGCAGAGAACCCUGGCGUCACUCAGAGGACGGUCAUCAUCACCGGACCUCCAGCAGCUCAGUUUAAGGCCCAGGGCAGGAUAUUUGGGAGGCUGAAAGAGGAGAACUUCUUCACAGCGAGGGACGAAGUGAAGUUAGAGACACAUAUCAAAGUUCCCUCGAAGGCAGCCGGACGCGUCAUCGGCAAGGGGGGCAAAACCGUCAAUGAGCUGCAGAACCUGACCAGUGCGGAGGUCAUCGUGCCGCGAGACCAAACGCCAGACGAGAACGAUGAGGUCUUCGUAAAGAUCAGCGGGCAUUUCUUCGCCAGUCAGUCUGCUCAGAGGAAGAUCCGUGAGAUCAUCCAGCAGGUGAAACAGCAGGAACAGAAACGCCAGCAGCAGGGAGCUCCCAGCAUGCACCACUCUAAGUGACCAGCAGACUCAGGAGAGGUGAUGGUCGAGAGCCAUGCGUCCUCCGAAACCCAACCGCACUGCUUCUUGACACAACGCACAUCCAACCCAGAAGCCAGCCGCACCAAUGUGUCAGAGGAAACAGGAGUCACUAGUGCGCGAUGAGACAAGGAUAUCCCUGCCGGCCAAAUCCUCCCUAACCCCUGACGACGCUGAGCCAAUUGUGCGCCGCCCCCAGAAUCUCUGGGUUCUGCCUUAGACCACUGCACCAUCCGGGAGGCCCCUCUGUAAACAAAUUAACAGACUUUCAGCAUGCUUAUAGAGAAGGGCACUCAACAUGUAUUGCACUGACGCAAAUGACUGAUGAUUGGUUGACAGAAAUUGAUAAGAAGAUUGUGGGAGCUCUACUGUUAGAUUUCAGUGCAGCCUUUGAUGUUAUCGACCAUAGCCAGUUGAAAAAAAAUUGCUUUUCAACCUCAGCUCUGAAUCCACGAUAUGGCAAUCUAAUAGAACUCAAAGGGCUUUCUUUAAUGGAAGCUUCUCUAAUUUCAAACAUGUAAAGUGUGGUGUACCGCAGGGCAGCUCUCUAGGCCCUCUACUCUUUUCUAUUUUUACCAAUGACCUGCCACUGGCAUUAAACAAAGUAGGUGUGUCCAUGUAUGCUGAUGAUUCAACCAUAUACGCAUCAGCAACCACAGCUAAUGAAGUCACUGAAAACCUUAACAAAGAGUUGCAGUCUGUUUUGGAAUGGGUGGCCAGUAAUAAACUGGUCCUGAACAUCUCUAAAACUAAGAGCAUUGCAUUUGGUACAGAUCAUUCCCUAAGUUCUAGACCUCAGCUGAAUCUGGUAAUGAAUGGUGUGGCUGUUGAACAAGUUGAGGAGACUAAAUUACUUGGUGUUACCUUAGAUUGUAAACUGUCAUGGUCAAAACAUAUAGAUUCAAUGGUUGUAAAGACGGGGAGAGGUCUGUCCGUAAUAAAGAGAUGCUCUGCUUUUUUGACACCCCACUCCAAAAAGCAAGUUCUGCAGGCUCUAGUAUUAUCUUAUCUUGAUUAUUGUCCAGUUGUGUGGUCCAGUGCUGCAAGGAAAGACCUAGUUAAUCUGCAGCUGGCCCAGAACAGAGCGGCACAUUUUACUCUUCAUUGUAAUCAGAGGACUGAUAUAAAUAGUAUGCAUGCAAGUCUCUCUUGGCUAAGAGUUGAGGAGAAAUUGACUGCAUCACUUAUUUUUUACAAUAAACACUGUUGAAAAUCCCAAAUUGUUUUUGUAGUCAACUUACACAGCUCUGACACACACCUAUCCCACCUGACAUGCCACCAGGGGUCUUUUCACAGUCCCCAAAUCCAGAACAAAUUCAAGAAAACGUACAGUAUUAUACAGAGCCCUUAUUGCAUGGAACGUCCUUCCAUCUCAUAUUGCUCAAAUAAACAGCAAACCUGGUUUCAAUAAACAGAUAAAGCAACACCUUGCGGCACAACGCCUCUCCCCUAUCUGACGUAGAUAGUUUGUGUGUAUCUAUUGCUAUGGAGGUGUCACAAUCGUCAUAAUAAGCGGACCAAGGCGCAGCGGGAUAUGAGGACAUCUUCUUUUAUUAGAGAUGACGAAACACGAAACGAACACUUUUACAAAACAAAACAACAAACGACUGUGAAGCUACAAACGUAAGUGCAUACACAAGCUACAAACGUUCAACAUAGACAAUUACCCACAAACACCUAAAGCCUAUGGCUGCCUUAAAUAUGGCUCCCAAUCAGAGACAACAAUAAACAUCUGUCUCUGAUUGAGAACCAAACCAGGCAACCAUAGACUUUCCUAAACCUCUCUACUGAACACAACCCCAUACAUACUACAAAACCCCCUAAAACAAUACACACACCCUAAACUAGACAAAACACACAAACAUCCCAUGUCACACCCUGACCUAACUAAACUAAUAAAGAAAAUCAAUAUAACAGAGGCCAGGGUGUGACAGGAGGCUAAGUGUGUCUUUAAAAAUGUAUGUAGUUCUGUCCUUGAGCUGUUCUUGUCUAAUGAUGUUCUGUAUUAUGUCAUUCUGUAUUAUGUUUCAUGUUCUGUGUGGGACCCCAGGAAGAGUAGCUGCUGCUUUUGCAACAGCUAAUGGGGAUCCUAAUAAAAUACCAAAUAGGGUGCCAUUG